AUGAUUUUCAUUCUUUUCCUCUUAACUCUUCUCUCAUCACAUUCUACAUCCAAUGCUUCUGUAGUAGAUUUCUGUGUAGCAGAUUUAUCUUCUGCACAAACCAUUUCAGGCUUUCCCUGCAAAUCAUCAUUAUCAGUUACAAUCAAUGACUUUGUUUUCUCAAACUUCAAUCCAGGAAACACUUCAGAUAACCCUCUUCUUAGAGCUUCGGUUACCGCUGCAGCAGUUCAUCAGUUUCCCGCCGUAAACGGUCUCGGCAUAUCAGCCGCACGAUUAGACUUAGACAUCGGCGGCAAUGUCCCGAUGCAUUUACAUCGCGGCGCGUCCGAGAUAUUGAUGAUUGUACAAGGUCGUAUAACUGUUGGUUUUAUUUCUUCAGAUAAUGCUGUUUUUGUUAAGACACUUUCUAAAGGUGAAAUUAUGAUUAUUCCACAAGGCUUGUUGCAUUUUCAAUUUAAUGCUGGAAGGAGUAAAGCUACAGCUUUUCUUGCUCUAAGUAGCUCAAGCCCUGGUGCACAACUUCUUGAUGUUGCUUUGUUUGGAAAUAAUUUGAGUUCUGCUAUUGUGGAGAAAACUACUUUGCUUGAUCCUGCUCAAGUUAAAAAGCUUAAGGCUAUUUUUGGUGGGAGUGGCUAGAUUUAAUUUGUAUAUACCGACAAUGUAAUUUUUUUUAUACAUGUAUCCAAUCAAAUCACUCGAUGAUGUCUCUUUUUUAGGCUUGUUCCUAACAAAUGUCAAUUUGUUAUGAUUUGAUUGGAUGUUUGUAUUAAAAAGUUACUUAAUCGGUGUAUAGAAAUUAAUCUCGUUUAAGUAUUUAGUUUUGUUGCUUUAUUAUUCAAACAAAUGUUGUUUGGAAAUUGUUCAGUCAUUUAAUUCCAAUAAUAAAAAUUGCAAGUGUGUUUUUUC